CGGAGACAGAGUCUAUGAAGCUAAAGCCAAUGUAAACUGAACGGAAAUCAAAUAAAAAUGGUCGACUUAGGCGGAAGAAGUCGAAAAUUUAUAUUUGUUGGUUUAAUAGUAAUGAAUGGAAUUCUUUUUAGUUUUUAUUUAAUUUCGACGAACGAAAACAGAUUAAGAUCUGAUUACUCUUCCAGUUUGAUUAGUAAAAAUUAUUUUUCGCCUCAGCUUUCAGAAAUUAGACCAGUUCAAGGUCAGAGAGCUUACAUGAAAUCACCAUCGGCAGAAGAUGAGAGUUGGAGAAAGGUCAAAGUCCUCUGUUUUGUGCUAACACACCCGAAAGCAUUAGAGAAACAGACCAAGUACGUGAAGAUGUCUUGGGGUCAGAGAUGUGACGUCACUCUCUACAUCAGUGACGAGAACAACACCAGUUUCCCCACCAUCAAGGUCACCAAGUACAAAGGAUAUAGAAUGCUGUGGUCUAAAACGAGGAACACGUUCAAACUGGCUUACGAGAAGUUCUUUGACCAAGUGGACUGGUUCCUCAAGACGGAUGAUGACACUUAUGUUAACGUGGACAACUUGAGGAGGUUCCUGGCCAAGAAAGACACAAAUUCGCCCAUGUUCUAUGGCAAAUUCUUCUCUCCAUUCGUAAAAGGUGGCUACGCAAGCGGAGGCGCUGGUUAUGUCAUGGGUAAAGCAGCUCUCACACUAUUAAACGAAAAGGCAUUCAAAAACACUAGCGCGUGUGCGGACGAAGGAGUCGAUACCGCCGAGGAUGUCGGGAUGGGAAAGUGCAUGUCGUACGCUGGAGUCACGUUAGCCCGAGACGCCUAUGAUUCGCAAAAACGGGAACUAUUUCACUCGUUUCCUCCCGAGAGGGAGUAUAUCAUUCCUUGGAAGAAGAUCGGGUUCUACAGACAGUUUUCGAUUAAUCGACUAGGUGGUGACGCGUGUUGUUCUCAGGAUGUGAUAAGUUAUCACUAUGUGAAGGGGCCAACAAUGUUGUUUGUUGAUUAUUUAUUCCAAAACUUCACUAAAACUUCACUAGAAUGAAAAGGUGCUUCAAAUAAUUUGGUAAUGAAAACUGGAUGGUAAUGCAUUGGUAUUUUUUAAUGCAUUCUUUUUUGCAUAACCACAUUAUUG